AUGCGAAGUUUCAACACCAGUUUGGAAGGGGGCUUCAUUUUGAUUGGCUUCUCAGAUUGGCCUCAACUAGAACGAGUCUUUUUUGUCUUCAUUUCCGUUUUCUACUUUCUAAUCCUCUUUGGAAACAGCACCAUCAUCAUGGUGUCACGAAUGGAUCAUCGACUACAAACACCAAUGUACUUCUUCCUCAACAACCUCUCCUUCCUAGACCUCUGCUACACCACCAGCACUGUACCCCAGCUUCUGGUCAAUCUUUCCGGAAUUGACCAGACCAUGAGCUAUGCUGGGUGUAUGACCCAGUUAUUCAUAGUGCUUUCCCUGGGUGGAACUGAGUGCAUACUCCUGGUGGUGAUGGCGUUUGACCGCUAUGCUGCUGUGUGUCGUCCACUCCACUACAUGACCAUCAUGCACCCCCUUCUCUGCAGAGCAUUAGCCAUCCUCUCCUGGGUGGGAGGCGUUGUGAACUCUCUGGUUCAGACAGGCCUCAUCAUGACCACACCUCUCUGUAGCAUCCAUAAGCUGAACACCUUCUUCUGUGACUUGCUUGUUCUCCUGAAGCUGGCCUGCGAGGACAUAAGAGGAACAGAGGCCAAUUUGUUGGUGGCUGGAGCCAUAAUCUUGGGGUGUCCUGUAGCACUGAUUUUAGGCACUUAUGCUCACAUUGCUCAUGCUGUGCUAAAGAUCAAGUCAAUGGCUGGGCGCAGAAAGGCUUUGGGGACCUGUGGGUCCCACCUUACAGUGGUUUUCCUUUUCUAUGGCUCAGCCAUGUAUGCAUAUCUCCAGCCUGCCCACAGCUAUUCUGAGACUGAAGGCAAAUUUGUUGCCCUUUUUUAUACAAUAAUCACCCCUAUGCUCAAUCCUCUGAUUUACACCCUGAGAAACAAGGAUGUGAAAGGGGCUCUGUGGAAGGCACUAGGGAGAAGCACAGACUCAGAAGUCCAGUAA